AUGUCUCCUGCUCACUACACCACUAUGGCGCGCUCUAUACUCAUUGCUGCCCUCACUCUGGGCGCCUCUGCCCUGCCCGCCUCCUCCGGCAUGAACAACAUCAAGAACAUCGUGGUCUUGGUGCAAGAGAAUCUGUCCUUUGACCACUUCGCUGGCGGUCUGGACUACGACUCCAGCAUUGAUGGCCCGCAAGGCUAUUGCAACCCGGCCAAUGUGUCUCUUCCAGACUCGGCCAAGGUGUGCGCCAACCCCAUCGCGAAGAACAUUGCCUCCGACGACCCCAAUCACAGCAUCUCGGGUGGAAACAUGCAAGUGUUCGGUACCUAUCACCCGGCCUCCGGGGCCAAGGCGUCCAUGGAUGGCUUCAUUAGUGAGCAGCGCGCCUCCUAUCCCAAGGACGACCUCAACCGGGCCGCUGAGGCUAUCAACUACUUUACCCCGGACCAUAUCCCCGUCUUCAACUCCAUCGCCCAGAACUUCGUGCUCUUUGACCGCUGGUUCGCCUCCGUGCCAGGGCCCACCAACCCCAACCGGGCCUAUCUGACCUCAGGCACCUCGCACGGGCAUGGGAAGAACGACGACGACUUCUUGACCUCGGCGCUUCCCCAGAAGUCUAUCUUCGAGCAGCUCUCAGACAAGGGCAUCACCUGGAAGAACUAUGAGAACUCCACCAAGUCAGACCCGGCUUUCUUGCCUGAUGCCUUGUUCUAUGACUGGACAGCCAAGAAUGGCAAGGAUAACGUCGUCCCAAUCAACCAAUUCUACACCGACGCUGCAGCAGGGAACUUGCCGCAGUUCACCUGGAUCAACCCCGAGUGCUGCAACUACAUGUCAAUGCACCCGCCUUCCCCGAUCAACAUGGGUGAGAACUUUGUCAAGGGAAUCUAUGAAGCUGUGCGCAACUCGCCGCAGUGGAACGAGACCCUCUUCAUCUUGACCUGGGAUGAACAUGGCGGCUUUGCGGAUCACGUUUCUCCCCCGACAGAUGUCCCGGCUGGCGACAGCCUGACCUACUCCGAGGCCUCCGGAGAUGGCAAGGAAUAUACGUUCCACUUUGACCGUCUGGGAGUGCGUGUUCCGACGGUUUUGAUCUCCCCCUGGGUGUCCAAGGGCGUGGUGCAGCACCAGCCUAGCGGAGGAAACGAGUUUACUCAUACCUCUAUCCUUAAGUUUGUAUCCGAGCUCUGGGGACUGGACAGCCUGUCUCCUAGGGUUGAUUGGUCUCCCUCGUUCGGAAGUUUGGUCACCAACAAGUUCCGAAGUGAUACCCCCGAGAAGUUGCCAGACGCAGCUGAUUUCUGA